AGCUUUUUUUCUGUAUUAAAAAUUUUGGGUGAUAAUUUAUUUUUAUGGAUUUGCAAGCAAUUUAAACAUUUGGAAAAAUUCGCAAUUCACAGUCUUCAAGUAUUUUCGUCAAUUUAUUUCAAGUGAAUUAAGUAUGGAGCGUCGGUUAUCGAUAAAUGAGGAUGAUAACGAUGAAAUUUCCUCUACUAGUAGUAGAGAGCUUUUAGAACUUGAUAUAAAUCCCAUAGAAUUGGAUGAAUAUGAACAUGAAUUGACUUCAGUAAGCAGUAGGAAACUUCUUGAACUGGAUGUCGAUUCGGUCCUAUUAGAAAAUGACGAAGUAGUUGAAGGUGAGGUGGAUUUUUCGGAAACUAUAACUAAAAGUGAAUCUUUUAAAGAUGACUUGGGAGUUGAAAUCGUUUCAGUUUCUCAAAAAGUUGAAAAUGUAUCGCAACAGUCUCUUUUUAAUCUGUUGGCAAUCAUCUUUAGUAAAUGCAAUAUUAUGUUUAACAGUUUGGGACCAAAUUCAUUUGAUGUGUUCUAUAUUGCAACCGCUUACUUAAAAGCAUUUGUUAUGGGUAUAAUCACUAUGGUUGAAGUACAUGGAUUUAAAGAACUAAUUAGAUGCAUUAGAGAUGCAAAUAUGAGAACACUAAUGAUUUAUCCAGCAUUACUAUUCAUGUUGCUGACUGUGACUCAAAUUCCUUCCUUAUGGAAUAAAGUUUCCAAAUGUUUAAGAUGUAUUCCUCUGACGAAUUGGUUCAUCUAUACAGCAACAGAAGUUGAGUCCGUUGAUGAAAUUGGAGAACUUCAAAAAAUAAUUCAAAAUAUGAAGCAGGUCACAAAGUCAAACUUUGCCGGAGGCCCACUGUUGACACCAGUGGUUGGUGCAGUUAUCGGAAAUCAAAUCUUUUUUUGGUUAACAAGUCCUGUGGGUCGUUUUGUGGCAGGAUGCGCAAUAUUUGGCUUUGUAACAGAAGUAUUAUAUGCUUGUAUAAAGCAUUUAAAGGGUAAAGUUUGUAAGCAAGACGGCUGCCGUCAAUGCAAUGAUAGCCAAUUCAAGUCAACAAAAAGAUUUCACUGUAUUAAUUCGUAAUCCAAAACAUUAUCCUUUUAUUUUACUAAUAAAUAAACACUUUCAAUAUUUU